AUGCUCAGCAUUCGCAAACGCACCAGCCGUGGCCACGGGACUUCCAGCCAUGACGACUCCACGCUAUCAUCAACAUCGGAAGACCGACCAGCAGAUUGGACGACUGGUGGCUCGAUCCGCAAACGCUUCAACGGGAUCAAAGGAUCACUCAAGAAUCGUAUGUCGGCCAGAUCGCUCGCCUUGCAGAAGUCAGGCAGCGAGAGUGAUCAAGGCACACCAUGGCCAGCCCUGAAGAAGACCUAUAGCUCGAUGGCUACGUCUCUGCGUGGAGCUCGCACCUCUUUGGAGUCCAGGAUUUCGGGGGAUAUGACCAGACGUUCGGUCACCCUACACUGUCCCCCUCAGCCCGCCUCCAAUCUCGAUCGUGUAGCGAGUCACACAAGAACUGUCAGCCUCGGCAGUCAGCCCGAAGCAUUGCUCACGCACGACGCCCCCCCUCGCCUCCCUGGCUUGGAUGAAAUGGUCGCCCACUCAAGGCCAUCGUGCGAGGACUCUGUGUCCCAUGAGUCUCCCAAUUUCGCUGCUCUGGACUCUGUCUUCGACAGCCUCAUUUCGCCUCCCUUUUACACAAGAAGCCCCGAGUUAGAAGAAGCCAUCCGAAAAAUAUCUGUGGCACCUCCUCCAAUCUCAGGUCGCCUACCUAUCCGGCUGAAGCACGCUGAGCCACCCGUCGUCCAAGCAUCCGACAACUAUGAACCAGAGCCUGUUUUCUCGGCUGAGGUUCUCCAACAUCAUCACACUUGUAUGCCCCCGAAACUACCACGGUAUGGCCAUCGCUCCUCCAUGCAUACCCGGCGCCGCCGCCCAGCACACAAUAAGAACUGCAGCUCAAGAGUUCCUGUUGAGUGGCUGGACCUCAUUCUCGAGACCUCGCAAUGUACACGUUCCCCAGUUCGGCUUGUUCUCAAGCCCUCAAAAGCUACAGUUGAGUGGCUGGACCGCAUCCUCGAGACCUCGCAACGUACACGCUGCCCAGCUCGGCUUGUUCUCAAGCCCUGGUCUACUCCGGAAUCCGAAAGGGAAUCCGAAAGGGUCCAGGUGUUGCUCCCAAUGGGCACCAUUCUAAUCAACGACAAUGAGAAUGUUCCCGCAGAAUCGUACGACACACUCACAGACGCUCUCAAAGACGUGCAAAAGCGCUGCUUGCCCCUGGUUUCCCCCUUUGCUGUAUACCACCAGGGCCAGAGAACGCUACGCCUCUACCGGAUUGGUCAACGACCCGAUUUCUGUUUUCUAGAAACCAACACCAUUUUGAUCGAUCUGCGGAAGUGGCAAAAAUCGUUGAGUGACUAUAGUUUGAGCCAUUGCAAUAUAUGGUCCUCGGACGAGUGGUCCUCGGACGACGACACCUCGAUCAAGGCCCAGUCCUCUGGUUCCCAGCGCUCGACAGACGAUUCUGACUGGACAUUCUCGGGCGAUGAGGAGGACGGGGGGGCGCCUGCGGGGGUGAAGUCAGAGGACUCGCUACUGCAGGAUGAGGAAGAUCUGGAUCUGGCGUCGCGGUUGGGGUGCAUUGACUGA